UCGGGGAUUGGCCGGCGGCCGGCGGUGCCCCCGGGGGGGGCGGGCUGUGAGCGGGGGGCGGAGCCCACGGGAGGAACCGGGAUGGGACCGAGAGCGGAGCGGUGAGAGGGGCCGGCCCGGGGAGAGAGGUCCCCGUGGCGGAGCGGUGCAGAGCUGCGAUGACGACGGGCGACUGCUGCCACCUGCCCGGCUCCCUGUGCGACUGCCCGGGCAGCGCCGCGCUCUCCAAGUCGGUGGAGGAUUCGGACCUUGGGCGGCCGCAGUUCGUCACCCAGGUCACUGCCAAGGACGGCCGCCUGCUCUCCACCGUCAUCAAGGCGCUGGGCGCACAGAGUGACGGUCCCAUCUGUCGAAUCUGUCACGAAGGUGGAAAUGGGGAGGGACUGCUUUCCCCGUGUGACUGCACAGGAACACUGGGCACCGUGCACAAGAGCUGCCUGGAAAAAUGGUUGUCCUCCUCCAACACAAGUUACUGUGAGCUCUGCCACACAGAAUUUGUUGUAGAGAGAAGACCGAGGCCUUUGACAGAGUGGCUGAAGGAUCCCGGUCCCCGCAAUGAGAAGAGGACGCUGUUCUGCGACAUGGUGUGUUUCCUGUUCAUCACUCCCCUGGCUGCGAUCUCGGGCUGGCUGUGUCUCCGUGGAGCUCAGGACCAUUUGCAGUUCAACAGCCGCCUCGAGGCCAUCGGACUCAUAGCACUAACUAUAGCACUUUUUACAAUCUACGUCCUUUGGACGCUGGUCUCGUUCCGCUACCAUUGCCAGCUGUACUCCGAGUGGCGCAGGACCAACCAGAAGGUGCGGCUGAUGCUGCCCGCCCGCAGCCCCCACCCUGCGCCCCACUCCCUGCUGUCCGCAAAGCUGAUGAAGAAGACGGCGGAUGAGACCACGGUCUGAGCUGCCCCCGUCAGGGUGAGCAGACGGGGCUGGAUCUGAGCCUGCGGGGCUGUGGGAGCACCCGAACCACCCGGAGAGACUCAGUCCUUUGGCAAACACAGAUUGGGAGCAUCUGUGCCAUGGAGCAGCCCAAAGGAGCGGGCUGGGACACUUACCUGCCUAUAGCACCGUACGUGGAAAAUCUCUCACAUAUAUAUAUAUAUAUCUAUAUAUAUAUCUAUAUAUAGUAUUAUUUUUUAAUGGCCAUGCAUAUUGUGUUUCAGUCCUUUAUGUGUCGAUGUUCUAAGCUUCAGUAUAGAAGCUGGCAGCCUGAUCUCAUUCAGAGGUUGAAUCUAUGCCUUUUCUCCAAUCGAGUGCACGGAGCACUUCUUGUCGGCCCCCUGGAGCCCCGUCCUUUGCACUGAAUUGUUUUGAUAAUAUUGCAGCCUCCUUUCCCGUCACUCUCUGGUCUUUUCUUGUGGAGUUUCUGUCCUUUCUAGAGAAAGUUGUGUGUUUUUAAUGAUUAUUACAACCCCAGCAGGAGUUACAAUGACGCAGAUGCUGAAUGGAGACGUUUUGUAUUGUAAAGCACCGCAGUUCUGAGAACUUCACAGCGGGUCUCAAGCUGGACAGACCUUUUCCUGUGCAGACGCAGCCCCACGGGCUCCUUUCCCUGCAGGUCCUGGCUCCUCCCCAGGACUCGGACACACUCAGCUCUUGGCACGUCCCACCAAGGUCGAUGGAGGGGCUGAGGGUGGGGAGCAAUGGCUGAACCCCCCCCCUCCCAUUUCUCUUUCAAAGGCUCAUAAUGGAGCUUUCCUAUCCCAGAAAGGGGAGAGCUGGAGUCUUUUUGCUGGUGUCCCCAUGCAGCCUUGAGGCCGGACCUCUCGCUGGCAGUCCCUCAGUGGGACAUCUUGGCACAUUCCCUGGCAGCUGCUGCUCUUUGGUUCAGCCCUGAAAUUGCUGUGUGUCCUCCAGCAAAGUGGUCCCCAGGGCUGCCAUUCCCCCUCCUCCCCCCCCACCUGUGUUUCCAGCACAUCUGGCUGCCAAACCCUCUCUCUUGGUGGCCAGUGCCACUCCCUGCCCUGCAGCCCCUCUCUGCUGUGCCGUCAGUGCCUGUGUGCAGUGCUGUGCUCACAGACCAUGUCCCUCCUUUGCUGAGCCCACGUGGGUCAGACGGUGCCCUCCAAGAUGGAGCCCUGUCAUUUCUUGGACACAAAGUGCCCUGAGCCAUCCCCGCUCUUUUUCCUUUCAUGUCUGCUGCCCUUUGGUUCUUUCCCUCUGCCUUUCCUUAGGCUCGAAGUCCCUGGUGGACACAAGGCUGCCCCCUGCCUUCCCAGCCCUGGGCCAUCCUCUGUGUCUGCUUCAUUUCUCUCCCAUCCCAGGGCGAUCUGUGCAGCACUUUGCAGCACCCCCUGCCCGCAGAGUGCAAGUGCUGGCAGUCUGCUGGCAGCAUGAGGGUCUCAUUCCUGCUCUCCCCAUUCCUACCUGCUGCCUCCCCCUCCAUGCAGGUUUGCACUGGGGCUAUAUAACAGUGGUUCUGCCCUCUCAGAAGGGCUCAGCCCUCCCCUGGGUGCCACAGACUCUCCCCCACCGGGUGCUGCCUCCCUCCCAGCCCCUUCCCUCAGCUGUGAGUGCCGCACCACCAGCUGUGCCUUGUCCUGGGUACCUCCUGUCAGCCCCUCCGACAAACCACAGCCUGGGCACUCAGUGCAGCCUGGCUGCCUCCCAGCAGCUUGGUGGUCCAAUGCGUCCUGUUCUGGCAGUGCACAGGGAUGAGCACUCCCACACUGUGUAAAGACUCAAAGGAGGAAACCCACUGAUGGUCCAAACACGCAGCUGGGAAAAGCCAUCAGUGCCCAUUUGGGGCGGAUGGGGCCCUGUGCUGCUGCACUGCCGCAUCCCACCUCUUCUUCAUUGUCUUCAUCGUGGUUGCCAAUUACUGGAGGGGCUGCAUGCGCCCCUGUGAAACCCAGCAGGGACUCUUGGAGUUUUCUCCUCCUUCCCAGAGGAGACGCUCAGCUGACAGGAGUGGGAGGCAGCGUCUGACCCGGUGUUGGGGGGGAAACGGGCUGUGCAAUCCUGUAAAUAAAAGUGAGACAAACUUGGG